AUGGACUGGAAUUUGAAAGCACCUUCUUGGGAUUUGACUGAAGUGGAUCAGGCAAACGUACCCAACAUGGAAAUAAUGGAUGGUUCAAGCAGAUAUGGAGUUUACAGAAGCAAAGGGGAAUUUUCUGUUGACUUGAAGCUUGGCCAAGUGGGAAUUUCUGGCACAGAAACAAAGUCCAAAGAUGCUGGUGGAGUCUCCAAAGUGGCACCCUCAUCUUCAGGGUCAUCUAAGAGAGCUCGAGCCAUUAACAAUGGGACACAGACAGUGUCAUGCCUUGUGGAUGGAUGCCAUUCUGAUCUUAGUAAUUGUAGGGACUAUCAUAGACGCCAUAAGGUCUGUGAAAUCCAUUCCAAGACUGCACAAGUCACAAUUGGAGGCCAGAAGCAAAGGUUCUGCCAACAGUGUAGCAGGUUCCAUUCACUGGAGGAAUUUGAUGAAGGGAAAAGGAGCUGCAGGAAACGCUUAGAUGGGCAUAACCGACGGAGAAGAAAGCCCCAACCAGAACCUCUAACGCGUUCUGGUAGUUUUUUGUCGAAUUACCAAGGCACCCAGUUGCUACCCUUCACUAGUUCACAUGUGUACCCGUCCACUACUGUGGUGAAUCCUGCUUGGGGUGGAGUUGUAACAUCUGGUGGGGAUGUUAGGCUUCAGAACCAACAAAACCAACAAGUGCAUUUGGUUGAUAAACAAGAUCUUUUUCUUGGCUCUUCUCCAACCGGUUAUAAAGAAGGGAAGCAAGUGGCGUUCAUGCAAGGUGACCAUACUCUCAACAACCAAAGCCCGCAUCUUCCAACUGCUCCCGUGGGCCAGGCCCAGACGUUUCUCAGGACCAGCCCGUUUUCUGAAAGCAGUGGGCUGAGAUGCAAAAUGUUCUGCGAUAGCCUAACGAGUUCAGUCCACGACUCCUCCUCUUGUGCUCUCUCUCUUCUGUCAUCACCGCCGACGCACAAUCCUGGCAACGGAUUAAACCAAAUGAUGAACGCUCACUCACCCCUUAUGCACCAACCCUUGGGCCUGAGCCUGCACGACAACAGCUUGGGACCCGUGGACCCGGUUAUGGGCCCCAACGGGAGCGACCAUUCUUCAUCAAUGUAUAACUUAGGUUCUAAUGGAUCACAAGGGAAUGAAGCCCCGCCACUGUUUCCCUUUCAAUGGGAAUAG